UUAUAUAGCCUAUAUGCGAGUAACACUCCAAAAACGCUCACGGUGCCGGUGCCGGUGCCGGUGCCGGUGCCCAACUCAUAAGCAAAUUGAAUUUCUUUAGAACCUCUGGAAUCUGGAACCUCUCAUACGUCAUACGCAAAGCUCGAAUUGCAGAAGCUCGUUCCAGGGCGGCCGCCCCUCUUGCCCUGGCUCAGGGACGGGCCUGGUUGAUUUUUUGGGUAUUUGAUAGUAUCACAAAAUUACGCCAUCCCUCACCUGAAAUCCAGGAUCUUCAUCAAAGAUAGAGAAAUUUAGUAAUGGGGAAAGAAGGAUACAUAGUUCCAGUGGACCCUCAAAUGGGGUUGAGUGUGGGCCUGAAGAAGAAACCUGUCGGGUCGCGCAAUUGGGUUUUACUUGAUUCGUUGGGCCAGGGUACGGUUCUUGAUCUUGAUAAAUACGCUAUUAUGCACCGUGUUCAUAUCCAUGCUCGUGAUCUUCGGAUUUUGGAUCCUCUUCUCUCUUACCCUUCCACUAUUUUGGGACGUGAGAAAGCCAUUGUUCUCAAUUUGGAGCAUAUCAAGGCAAUCAUUACUGCUGAUGAGGUCUUACUUCGAGACCCUUCAGAAGAAAAUGUAAUUCCUGUUGUUCAGGAACUUCAGAGGCGGUUAUGUCCUGAAAGUGCUCAGCAUAGAAUUCAAGGAGAUGAGAAAGAGUCGGGGGGACAUGAUGUUGAAGCUAACGAUGAAGAUGAAUCUCCUUUUGAAUUUCGUGCUCUUGAGGUGGCUUUGGAUUCAAUAUGUAGCUUUCUUGCUGCACGUACUACUGAACUCGAAACUGCUGCUUAUCCCGCAUUAGAUGAGCUGACGUCCAAGAUAAGCAGUCGGAACUUGGACAGAGUAAGAAAAUUGAAGAGUGCAAUGACAAGAUUGACUGCUCGUGUUCAAAAGGUGAGGGAUGAGCUUGAACAACUUUUGGAUGAUGAUGAUGAUAUGGCCGACCUUUAUUUGUCGAGAAAGGCUGCACCUGCUUCACCAGUUAGUGGAUCAGGAGCUGCCUGGUCCAGUUCGCCUACCUUUGGAUCUAAGAUAUCAAGAGCAAGCAGAGCAAGUGUGGUCACAGCUCGUGGUGAUGAGAAUGAUGUUGAGGAACUUGAAAUGUUGCUCGAGGCUUACUUCAUGCAAAUUGACGGGACAUUGAAUAAACUAACUACGCUUCGUGAAUACAUAGAUGACACUGAGGAUUACAUUAACAUUCAGCUCGACAAUCAUCGAAAUCAGUUAAUUCAGUUGGAGCUCUUCUUGAGUUCAGGAACGGUUUGCUUAUCUGUUUACUCUUUGGUGGCUGCAAUUUUUGGCAUGAAUAUACCUUAUACUUGGAUGGAGAAUUACGGUUUCCUCUUCAAAUGGGUAGUCAUCAUCACAGGAUUUCUUUCUGCGAUACUCUUUAUAUUCAUAAUUUCAUAUGCUCGUUAUAAAGGUCUUGUAGGAUCAUGAGAUAAAAAAUCAAUCAUCUUUUUUUUUUUUUUUUUUUAUGGAGGAGCAAGAUCAACAUGCAGUCUUACCUUGAGUAUACGUACAUUAAAUCUUCUUGGGUCUAGCAUAGUUGCUUGGAUCGCCAGCAUCUCUUGUUCAUACUAAUUCAGUAACAUAUUCAACACAACCCAAAUUUCUUGGGUGAUUGUUUCUCACACAGCAACACUAUCUUUUGAGUAUCAGUAUACUCAACACACUUGUUAGAGGCUUUUUUUUUUCUAUAAAUAUCUCCUGUAAAUUAUGUAACCUCAGUAACAAGUUUUACCUUGUCAGGAACAUUUUUUUUUUUCAAUUGAGUAAACAAGAUAUUGCAUUUGAAUAGUGCGUGCUAUUGGUGCUUAUUAUUGUUAUCA